CCCCUGGGCCUUGUCUCCAAUAGAGCUCAGUUGAAAUCUAGACUCGGAAACGUUCAGACCGUGUGGUUAUUCCAAAUUCAGAGUUGAAAUUUAAAAUUUUUUCCAAAUUCAAAAAUUUAAAUAAUAAUAAAGGAAAAUAGAAGACCGUCCUAAAAAAUCAGGGAAAUCUGAAAAAGAAUUAAUAUUUCUUUCAAUUCCGUGUGAAAAGUCAAGUGUAUUUCGAGGCAGGAUGUCGAGCGGAUUCUCAUUCUGGAACGGCCAGCCGGUGACCGCUCCCGUCUACCCACAAAUGGGUGACCUCAUGAGCCAGAAUCCAUCGGGCUUGCCGUGGCGCAUCGGAGCCGGAGCGGCGGGAGCUGCAGCACUAGCGGGCAUGUCCCCCGGCGGAGCUCGUUAUUUUCCCGGCGGAUUCGGAGCUGGACAGAUGCAGAUGGCCGGCAUGGGCGAUUUCCGGCAUAUCAACUGCCCCACCAUGGCGAUGGGCUAUUUUGGGCAGCCCCAGCCCCAGACCCAGUACGAGCCGUGCCUCGAAAACGGGGAGGCCUUCUGUGCCUACAACGGCAUGGACCUGAGCCUGCAGGGGGGCGGGGCGUAUUCGGGAUCAGGUGCCGGAGCUGGUGCCAAGGGCGACUUCUGGUAGGCGCCAAGAACCCACCCAAUCCCGUGCACUAAAGCCCUCGAGCUCUCUUAUGUCCCAUCGACUAAUCCCACCUGCAUUAUCAUACCGACGUAGCGGAUCCAUGUUGUCGUCGCAUCCUCAGCCUUGGUAUUUGGAGUGAAAGAGUCCAUUCUCUGGUUGCGUGUCUUAAAUAUGGCUUUCGUUUGUGAAAAAAAAAAUAAAAAUAAAAACCCACGGUUUAUUUGAGAUGUAAA